AAACUGAAACCAAAACAUCCUGGCCUGAUGCCCAGAGUCUGGACGGGAGCGAAGAGACGGGAGGGGGGCUGUGGCAUCGCAGUCCCGCGAGAGCCGCGGCCCUCCCUUUCGUAUGCAUGCCCCAGCGCUUCUUCCUCCGCGGACCCCUUCUCAAAGGCCGGAGAAGAAAGGGUGGGACCCGGGCAGGUCCGGGAGAGAGGCAGGUCCCUACAGGACCCGGGCCCCGAGAAGUGGGUGGUGGUCGGAGGGCGGAGACGGGGCGGGGCUCGCGGAGACACCAAAGGGCGCCCCCGGCUCUCCGCAUCAGAUCUCGGCUCAAGAGUGCCUCCGGGCGUCGGGCAAGAUGGCUGCGCGCGGGCUGGGUCGCAGCUUGGGGAGACUCCUGGGCAGCCUGAGCUGGCGCUCCGGUCAGCCCGUGAGGCCGCUACGCGGGGUGAGCGCCCCCGCCGCAGCCGCAGCGCAGCCCGGCUCAUACCAGGCGCAGAUCGCACAGGCGGCCCGAGAGCCCGCCGCUUUCUGGGGGCAGCUGGCACGGGACAUGCUCGUGUGGGACACCCCCUAUCACACUGUCUGGGAUUGUGACUUCAGCAGCGGCAAGAUCGGCUGGUUCCUGGGAGGCCAGUUAAACGUGUCUGUCAACUGCUUGGAUCAGCAUGUUCGGAAGUCCCCAGAGAGCGUCGCUUUGAUCUGGGAGCGGGACGAGCCUGGAACUGAAGUGAGGAUCACCUACAGGGAACUGCUAGAGACCACGUGCCGCUUGGCCAACACGCUGAAGAGACAUGGAAUCCGUCGAGGGGACCGUGUGGCAAUCUACAUGCCUGUUUCACCACUGGCUGUGGCUGCAAUGCUGGCCUGUGCCAGGGUUGGAGCUGUCCACACGGUUGUCUUUGCUGGCUUCAGUGCAGAGUCCCUGGCUGGGAGGAUCAAUGAUGCUAAGUGCAAGGUGGUCAUCACCUUCAACCAAGGACUCCGGGGAGGACGCGUGGUGGAGCUGAAGAAGAUAGUAGAUGAAGCUGUGAAGCACUGCCCGACCAUCCAACAUGUCCUGGUGGCUCACAGGACGGACAACAAGGUCCACAUGGGGCGUCUGGACAUCCCCCUCGAGCAGGAAAUGGCCAAGGAGGACACUGUUUGUGCUCCAGAGACCAUGAGCAGUGAGGACAUGCUCUUCCUGCUCUACACCUCGGGGAGCACCGGAACACCCAAGGGACUCGUCCACACGCAGGCGGGCUACCUGCUGUAUGCCGCUGUGACGCACAGGCUUGUGUUUGACUACCGGCCAGGCGAUGUUUUUGGCUGUGUGGCCGACAUUGGCUGGAUCACAGGACACAGCUAUGUGGUGUAUGGACCCCUGUGCAAUGGAGCGACCACUGUCCUUUUUGAGAGCACCCCAGUUUACCCUGAUGCUGGUCGAUAUUGGGAGACAGUGCAGAGGUUAAAGAUCAAUCAGUUCUAUGGGGCCCCGACGGCUGUCCGGCUAUUGUUGAAAUAUGGCGACUCCUGGGUGAAGAAGUACGACCGCUCCUCCUUGCGGACUCUGGGGUCAGUGGGAGAACCAAUCAACUAUGAGGCCUGGGAGUGGCUCCACAAGGUGGUGGGGGACUGCAGAUGCACGCUGGUGGACACCUGGUGGCAAACAGAAACGGGUGGCAUCUGCAUCGCCCCACGCCCCUCGGAAGAAGGAGCAGAAAUCCUCCCUGGCAUGGCUAUGAGACCCUUUUAUGGCAUUGUCCCAAUUCUCAUGGAUGAGAAGGGGAACGUUGUGGAGGGCGGUGAUGUCUCUGGGGCUCUGUGCCUGUCCCAGGCCUGGCCGGGCAUGGCCAGGACCAUCUAUGGAGACCACCAGAGAUUCAUGGAGGCCUACUUCAAGCCUUACCCAGGCUACUACUUCACUGGAGAUGGGGCUUACCGGACCGAGGGCGGCUACUACCAGAUCACAGGGCGGAUGGAUGACGUCAUCAACAUCAGCGGCCACAGGCUGGGGACUGCUGAGAUCGAGGACUCGAUGGCUAGCCACCCCGCCGUGGCAGAGACUGCUGUCAUUGGCUACCCCCAUGACAUCAAAGGGGAAGCUGCAUUUGCCUUUAUUGUGUUGAAGGACAAUGCAGGUGACCCAGAUUUGGUGGUGAAGGAGGUCAGGUCAGCAGUGGCCAACAAGAUUGCCAAGUAUGCGGUGCCUGAUCAGAUUCUGGUUGUGAAGCGUCUUCCAAAAACUCGGUCUGGAAAAGUCAUGCGGAGGCUCCUGAGGAAGAUAAUUACAGGAAGAGCUCAGGAUCUGGGAGAUACCACCACCUUGGAGGACCCCCAUGUCAUCAUGGAAAUCCUGAAGGUCUACCAGAAGUACAAAGACAAACAAACUGCUGCUCAGUGAUGGGCUUUGGCUGAGACCCAGUGCCCAUGCCCCUAACUGUCCUUCCAGAAUGUAGCUCUCAGAUUGGCUCAUUUCCUACUGUCCCAGAAGCAUUCCUCUCCUAGAGUGUAAUCCACACCGCCCAAAUGUGAAGUCUGUGCUAAGCCCUGCCUUCUUUCUGCUGAGGACCCAUGAAGAGAUACUAUUAGAUAUGCUUAGCAUUUGUUUCCCUUGUCCUGAAUUUGGUUUCCUGGGAUGAAAAGUCAAUGUCAUCUCCAUUUCUGUGUCACCUCCAGACAGCACAGGAAGGUGAGGUGUGCCUGCUCAGAUGACUGAGAACCAGAAGCAAUCAUAUUUUUUCCCCCAGAUGUACUAGAUACAAAAGGCAGAAAUUUUAUUUUUAUACUUUUAUAUUUUGGAAGAAUGCGCAGAUAUACACAUGUAGUGUGCAGAUUUACUUAUACACAUUCUUCGUAACAUUUAGAGUUAUGAAAAUAUCCUUUUGUGCCUUUGCUCAUGGGGACAUGUGGAGAGGGUCAGAUGAUGCCUUUUUAAUGUUGGCAUUCUGGGAAUCUGAAUUUGAAAUGUUUGUACCUCUGUCUAAAUAUAGCUAUCUUGAGAACUUUCAA